AACUUUGGCGCCUGCGCAGAGGCCCCGGACUCCUGAGUCGUUCCCGCUCAGUCUUGACUGCAGCGCCCGCUCGCGCGCUCCGCGUGGGUCACUUCUCUCUAGUCAGACGCCAGCCUCGGCCAUGAACCGGUGCGCUGAGGCGGCGGCGGUGGCGGCCUCCGUGCCGGGGGCGGGCGUCGGGAAUGCGGGGCUGCGGCCGCCCAUGGUGCCCCGCCAAGCGUCCUUCUUCCCGCCGCCUGUGCCCAACCCCUUCGUGCAGCAGACGCGGCUGAGCGCGGCGAGGCGCAUGCAGAUUUUCCUUCUUGGAAUUAUCCUGCUUCCAAUUCGUGCCCUAUUGUUAGCAUUAAUUUUAUUACUGGCGUGGCCAUUUGCUGCAAUUUCAACAGCAUGCUGUCCUGAAAAGCUGAUCCACCCAAUAACUGGUUGGAAGAGGAAAAUUACUCAGCCAGUCUUGAAGUUUCUAGGCCGUGCCAUGUUCUUUUCAAUGGGAUUUAUAGUUACCGUGAAAGGAAAGAUCGCCAGUCCUGUGGAAGCACCAAUUUUUGUUGUUGCCCCUCAUUCAACAUUCUUUGAUGGAAUUGCCUGUGUCAUAGCUGGGUUACCUUCUAUAGUGUCUCGAAAUGAGAAUGUGCAGGUGCCUCUGAUUGGCAGAAUAUUGCGGACUCUGCAACCAGUGUUGGUGUCCCGUGUAGAUCCAGAUUCUCGAAAAAACACAAUAAGUGAAAUAAUAAGGCGGGCCACAUCAGGAGGGGAAUGGCCCCAGAUACUAGUUUUCCCAGAAGGUACUUGUACUAAUCGGUCCUGUUUGAUUACUUUUAAACCAGGAGCCUUCAUUCCAGGAGUUCCAGUACAGCCAGUUCUCCUCAGAUACCCAAACAAGCUGGAUACUGUGACUUGGACAUGGCAAGGAUAUACAUUCAUUCAACUUUGUAUGCUCACUUGCUGCCAGCCCUUCACAAAUGUGGAAGUUGAGUUUAUGCCUGUUCAAGUACCAAAUGAGGAAGAAAAAUGUGAUCCUGUCCUUUUUGCCAGUAGAGUCCGGAAUGUAAUGGCAGAAGCUCUGAGAAUUCCAGUAACAGAUCACACCUAUGAAGACUGCCGAUUGAUGAUUUCAGCAGGACAGCUAACACUGCCUAUGGAAGCUGGGUUGGUGGAAUUUACCAAAAUCAGUCGGAAAUUGAAAUUAGAUUGGGAUGGGAUACGUAAGCAUUUGGAUGAAUAUGCUGCUAUUGCAAGUUCUUCGAAAGGAGGAAGAAUCGGAAUUGAAGAAUUUGCAGAGUAUUUGAAGUUGCCUGUUUCAGAUGUCUUGAGACAACUUUUUGCACUCUUUGACAGGAACCAUGAUGGCAGUAUCGACUUCCGAGAGUAUGUAAUUGGCCUGGCUGUCUUGUGCAACCCUGCCAACACAGAGGAGAUCAUCCAGGUGGCAUUUAAGCUCUUUGAUGUUGAUGAGGAUGGCUUCAUAACAGAGGAAGAAUUCUCCACCAUUCUGCAGGCUUCCCUUGGAGUGCCUGACCUUGAUGUUUCUGGUCUCUUCAAGGAAAUAGCCCAGGGGGAUUCUAUUUCCUACGAGGAAUUUAAAAGUUUUGCCCUAAAGCAUCCAGAAUAUGCUAAGAUAUUUACAACCUACUUAGACCUCCAGACGUGCCAUGUGUUUUCAUUACCAAAAGAAGUCCAAGCAACUCCCUCAGUCGUAAGUAAUAAAGUCAGCCCUGAAAGUCAUGAAGAGAGUACCUCAGACAAAAAGGACGACUGAAAGCAAACAUUCCUAAUAAGGAAAAUGCGGUGGCUUUUACUAGAAAUUUCGAACGUGUUUAUUGAUAGUAUUUUAUUUGUGAUUCAGUAAUGAUGAUGUGUAAAAUAGAAAGCUUUUUUAUGAAAAUGAUAGAUUUUUCUUACUGAAAUGCUUCUAGUCACGUGUUUAUCAACUAAUAUUCCUUUUCUUUUACACUAUAUUUCGCUAUACUGAUUGGCUUACUGACGAUAAAGAUGUUUUUAUGGAUUUUCCAGGUUAAUAUGCAUAUCCAAAUAAAUGAAAUGGUCUCCCUUA